AUGACGUCUUACGAGGUGGACGUUGGACUGUUCACGCACAUCGGGCUGACCACGACAACAGAACUAACUACAGCACUUGUGCGUACAACUACCACAACAGAUAAUUCUACAAUUUCAACUGAACUUACGACUAUAAGGUCCUCUACCAUCAUGUCACCUGAACCUGCAGCCAACACAAUUUCAACUGAACCUACAAACAUAAAUUCAGUAACCUUCACUUCAAUGGAAGCUAUUACCAUAAUGGAAAAAAUAAUCAGCAAUUCAACGAAAUCUACUACAAUGAAUAGUACCACCACUCCAACAGAAUUUAUCACUUCAGUUGAGCAUAAUAGCACCAUAACAGUAAUGGCCAUGUCAACAGAAGUUAUACCUAGUAUUACUCCAACAGACCUUACAACAAUAACCUCUUCAAUGGAACAAACAACUCCUGAACCUACAACUAUCCUAACUUCUGAACCUACCACGAUAGCCAUUCCCAUUUCAAAUGAAUCUCCAACCACAUGUCCAAAUGACCAAGAGGCUCACAGUUCCAUAUGCUGGUGUCCACCUUCAAAUGAUAUAACCAGUGAUGCCUCUCCCAACUUAACUGGGGUCUGCACGAGCCCAGGAGUCCUUGCACAUUCAAGAUGUCUACAAUCAGAAUCCGGUAACACACAGGUAAAAGAACAUUGCCGCAAUGACUGGUCUAUGUGGAAAGUCUUCCUGGCUUGUCUCUUAGCCUGUGUGAUAAUGACAGCAAUUGGAGUACUUAUGGUAUGCUUGGUGAAUAACAAAGGAUCUGCCAGUUCCUCCAUUGUUAUCCAGCUAUCCACAAACAAUGGAGAGUGUGUGACUGUCAAACCUGGAACACCCUCUCCUGCUUGUCCAACUACAAUGACCACCACUUUGACUGUACCUGCAAGAACAGCCACUGAAUCUACAACUUCAACAGCUAAAACUGCCACCACUUCCACAGAACCUACAUCUGCUGCAGCUGCCAAUCAAUUAUAAUUUGAACAGCCACAGUCAUCACUUCAACUGAAACUUCAACCUCUACCACUUCAACUCAGUUUGCAACUAUAACGGCUACUCCUAUCACUUCAAGUGGAACCAUGGCUGCAGUCACUUUAAUAGACUAUAACUGUUACAACUUCAACAAUAUCAAGUCCUACUUCAACUUAAACUUACUUGACAACUCAAAUAAUCACCACUUCUACCAUCUCUGACUGAAUCAACAACUACAUUCCCUUCAACUGAAUCUGCAACUACUUCCACUUAACCUACUAUAACUACUGUAACUUCUACUUAGCCUACAGUAACAACGCUCAUCACUCUUUUCCAACGAUGUAUAAUCUCCACCUAUUCAUCUGAGGACUAAGCUCUGAUUUUUUAUCUUGCCCAAAUUCCUUUCUAGGGGGUCUGGGGAGUCAUGUCCUACAAACCAUACAGUCUCAUAAGAUGGGUUUUAUUUAACCCCAUAUAUUGUGACUUACUUUCUAAUCUGACUCUGGCAUAACAAGGGAAAAAAAUCAAAAUGUUUUACCCCAAAGUA